CUCGCGACUCGCGGGACGGGAGGAAGCCCUAGCCUUCGCCUCGUCCAUUUCCUCCCCUAGUCCCCUUCACCGCGCCUCCGCCUCCGCCUCCACCGCGCGCCUCCGCCACCGCCCCGGCGCCAUGUACCCGAGCCCGUACGCCGGCUCCGGCGCAGGCGCCGGAGGGAAGAUCCGGCGCCGCCCGCCGACCCGCGCCGCCUCCACGCCCUACGAGCGGCCCCCCGCCGCCGCCGCCGCGCACCGCCUCGCGGCCGCUGCCGCAGCGGCGUCCGCAUCCUCGGCGCCAGGAGGGGAGAGCGGCGGGGGAGGCGGCGGCUGGGUGUCCCGGCUCGUGGACCCGGCCUCCCGCCUCAUCGCGGGCGGCGCCGCGCGGCUCUUCGGCUCGGUGUUCCGCAAGCGCCUCGCCCCGCCGCCGGCCCCGUCGCUGCAAUUGUCAACUCACGGAAGAAAUAAUGAUCCAACACCGGACUUCCCUGAUUCAACUAAUGUUGAUUCACCUUCACUACCAGAGGGUGCAAUUGAUAAAGGGAAGAACAUAGCUGCCACAUCAGAUGACAAAGCAUUGUCUGAAGUAGAGCACUUGUUAAUGCGGAAGACAUUCACUAGGGUUGAGUUCGAUCGUCUUACAGACUUGUUGCGCGCAAGAACCAUUGAGCCUGAUCCACCUAAAUCUAUUGUUUUCCGUGAGGAAAAUAAUGAAGGUAUCAGAAUUGAUGCAAUAGGAGGUUCCACAUCACACCAGAUGGCUGCAGAAUCUCCAACUGUUAAAGUACAUAGUCAUGAUGUUAAGUCUCCUGCAGAACUCGCGAAACAAUAUAUGAGCUCCCGCUAUUCGAGGGAACCUCCAUCAAGUAGUCUGCGAAGCCGAUUGUUUCUUGAGAACAAAGGUGAAGCAAGCAACGAUGCCUACGAUAGGAGACCUGGACCACCCAUUGUUCAGGCACCGAUUGAAUUUGGGAAUGAAAACCCUGGGCUCCCUGUAAAUGGCUAUGUGACUUCAGGAUUACGGGGGCGGUCAGCGAUAUAUAGAAUGUCCCGCUCUCCUUAUUUUAAGGGUUCGAGCUCUAGCGAUGUGAACACAUUUUCAUUGUCCCAACGAGCACAAAGUUCGCAUAUUGGUGGCAGGCAGGUCUUAAAACGAAGAGGGAGUGACUUAGAGAAUGAAAUUGGAUCUAUAGGUCCCAUUCGUAGAAUUCGGCAGAAGUCAAAUAUGAUGUCUCCAUUUAGAGAUGCUCGUGCAAUUUCUCGAGGAAACCUUCUUACUAGCCGUACAAGUGGUUCUGAUUUCACUGAAGACAGCACAUCCAUCCAGGAAUCUCCGAGCUCAAAAAGGCUAUUACUUGGGACAACAUCUGUAAGACCCCAAGAAUCCCAUAAGAAUGGAGAUAAUAAACCUAGUGAUAACACUCCAUCCAUACCAGCUCAAUCAAACAAAAUGGCAGAGAAGAUAUUUGAGCAGCUUAAUAUAAUAGCUCCAUCUCCUAAAGAGAAGCAGUCUGGACAGCAACCUGUAACUGGUAAUACUAGUAAUUCAAUGUCGAAGAAACCUGUUUUGCAAGAUAUUGGGCCAAGCUGUAUGUAUGACCCAUCUAGUUCCCUGAAAUUUCAAGAUUUGGAUGGUGCAAAUGGACCCCUUGACCCAGACUUGAAUGGUUCCCUGUUGAAGAAAGACAAGCUAAAUAUGAUAGAAGGUGGAUUUUCAAAAGUUGCUUCGUCUGAUAAACCUACCUUUUUGGGGAACUCAGUUUCUGCUUCCACAUCACGGAAACCAGGCUUUAAAAUGGCUGUGAUAGAGGACUUAACAGAGUUGGAUGAUGACCUGGAGGUGGUCCCCAUUCCAUCCAAGAGUCUAUCAAGUAAGAUAGAGGUUAAAACAACUGAGCAGAAAUCUGACUCAACUAGAAAAGAGCAGAAAGUUGGACAAAAUAUAUUAGAGCAAAAGGUUGAAUCAAACUUAAUGAAGAACAUGGUUGAUUCUCCAGUUAGUGAACAGCAUGUAGCAUCAUUAUCUAAAUCUGUCUCUUCAUCUGGUGGUUUGUUUUCAUCAAAUGAUCCUGCAAAAGCAGUUCCUCAUACUUCUGUGGAUAACAACGCUGGUUUUGCAUUCUCAAAUGCGCCUCCUGGUACCCGUCCUGCAACUAGUGUGUCAGUAAUGCCGCUUGCUUCAGUUAAUGAUGAUAAACAGACUGGUGCUUCAAAUACUAGUGUUGGCCUCAAGCAGUCUAUUGCACCAGAUUUGGAAACACCAAAUGUUAAAAACAAAUCAACAUUUGGACAGAGUGUCACCAAGCUCACAAUAUUGGACAGAACUAGUUCUGAGAGAGGUGAUAAAACAGAAAAAGCAGAAGAUGUCAUUAAAUCAUCGGACAAGGUGGUGCCAUCAACCGCGUCAGCAACCCUUAAUGCCCCUCUCCAUUUUGCUUCUGCUGCAUCAACUUCUGCGAGCCUGAGCAAUGGCUUCUCAAACUCUUCAUCACCAAAGCUCCCAACUGUCCCACCUACUGAUAAACCUGCUGUCAGCUCAGCUGCUUCCACCAUGUUUGCUGCAUACAGUAGCAGUCCAGCUAUUUCAUCAUCAUCUCCUGCAUUUACAGCAUUUAAUUUUUCUUCCAGUACUUCGGCUGGCUUUUCAAUGGUAUCAUCAGCUAAAUCAGAUGGCACAACUGCCGAGGUAAAGCCAGCUAGCAUCUUAUCAUUUGGGAUAGGAGGUGCUGCAGAUGAAGUGAAAUCUACAGCCCCAGAUUCAGCCAGCAAACCAUCAUCAAAACUUCUUUCUUCACCUAUUUCAAGUUCUCCCAUCACAUCUGGACCUACUUUCUCUCUAGUUGCAGCUUCAAGCGAUGCUGCAGGCGCUGCAACGGCUGCGCCAUCUAAUACUUCCACCGCUCCUGGUAUUCGGGCUGCUUCAACCGCACCAUUUACAUUUCCAAGCUCUGGAAACAGCCUUUUUGGGUUCAACUCGCCAGCCCACUCUACUGGCCUCAGCACAUCGGUUACUAGCAGUACCUCUCAACCAUCUGCUGCUAGCGCACUCUUUAGUAGUAAGCUGACGCAGCCAGAGGACACAAUGCAACAACCAUCCCAGAGUCCAAAACCACAAUUUGGCUCACCAUUCCCGUCCGUGACUCCUGGUGUUGGAGCUUCAUCAUCUGGAUCUGGGACCUUCUCUUUUGGAAUUGGAGCUUCUUCGACUGGUUCCGGGACCAUGUCUUUUGGUGCUGGAGCUUCAUCGUCAACACCUGGAACUUCAUCAGCAUUCGGGGCAGCAGCUCCCUCAACAGGACCUGGUAUUUUCUCUUUUGGGGCAGGAUCUUCCUCAUCAGGAUCUGGGGCUGUUCCCUUUGGAGUUGGAGCUACCUCAUCUGGUCCUGGGACUGUGUCUUUUGGAGUAGGAGCUGCCUCAUCUGGACCUGGGGCCGUGUCUUUUGGGGCAGGAUCUUCCUCAUCAGGAUCUGGGACUGUUACCUUUGGAGUUGGAGCUGCCUCAUCUGGACCUGGGACUGUAUCUUUUGGAGCAGGAGCUUCCUCAUCUGGACCUGGGACCAUCUCAUUUGGAGCAGGAGCCUCCUCAUCUGGACCUGGGACCGUGUCUUUUGGAGCAGGAGCUUCCUCAUCUGGACCUGGGACCGUCUCAUUUGGAGCGACAACAUCCACAUCGGGGGGAUUUGGCAAUUCACCAUUUGGGGCUGGGGCUCCAUUUGCGAACCCAUUCAGCUCUAGCUCAGGUACUGGGUUUACAUUGUCUUCAGCUAGCUCUUCUGCUGGUGCAUCAACAGUGGCCAGUACAAGUGUAUUUGCCAGCACCACCGCUGCUUCAUCAGCCUCCACUUUCAGCAACCCUUUCAGCUCAAGUUCAUCCCCUCCAAGCACAUUUACGUUUGGACAAUCGGCCUCUUCUGGCAGUGCUUUUGCAUUUGGAGCGCAGCCUGCUCCAACUUUCUCAUCUCAGCCUCCUGUUUUCUCAUUUACCACAGCAAACACAAGCAUGAACUCGUCUACUCCGCAGCCUGCAUUUGGAAUGACAAAUACGAACACAGCCUUUGGCAUGGGCUCCCCCGGAAAUGAUCAGAUGAAUGAAGACAGCAUGGCAAAUGACACGAACCAAGCAGCACCAGCACCGAUAUUUGGUUCACCCUUUGGACAGCAGAAUAGUACCCCCGCUGCCCCGGCAUUUGGCGCUCCUGCAGUGCAGCCAGGUGGAGCUUUUCAGUUCGGGGGCCAACAACAAGCUGCACAGCAGAAUCCGUCCUUCCCAGCUGCUGGCAGUCUAGAGUUUCAGGGUGGGAAUUUCUCUUUGGGCAGCGGUGGCGGCGGUGGUGACAAGUCGAACAGAAGAAUGAUCAAGGUCAAAAGGGUACCUAAGAAGAGAUGAGCCCCUCAGGACAGUACAAACCACAUCUCAUGGCUGGCGUGUAAACCAAGCCCCCCAAGGUCAUCGGAGCCGGCGCCCAAGCCCGCGAAGCAGGACGCCAAGCCGGCCGCCGCCGCCGCCGCUGCCGCUGCCGCUGCCACUGCCACCAACCCCAGCUCCAACUCAUCCGGCGAGGCGCCCAGGCCGCGGCCCAAGGUGCCGCAGGUGAAGCGCGUGUCCAGCGCCGGGCUGCUCGUCGGCUCCGUGCUUAAGCGCAAGACGGAGAACCUCAAGGACAAGUACAGCCUGGGGCGCCGGCUCGGGCAGGGCCAGUUCGGCACCACGUACCUCUGCGUGGAGCGGAGCACCGGGAAGGAGUUCGCGUGCAAGUCCAUCCUCAAGCGGAAGCUCGUCACCGACGACGACGUCGAGGACGUGCGCCGGGAGAUCCAGAUAAUGUACCACCUGGCCGGGCACCCCAACGUGAUCUCCAUCCGUGGCGCCUACGAGGACGCCGUGGCCGUGCACCUCGUCAUGGAGCUCUGCGCCGGCGGCGAGCUGUUCGACCGGAUCGUGCAGAGGGGGCACUACACCGAGCGGAAGGCCGCCGAGCUCGCCAGGGUCAUCGUCGGCGUCGUCGAGGUGUGCCACUCCAUGGGCGUAAUGCAUCGGGAUCUCAAGCCAGAGAACUUCCUCUUCGUUGACCAGAAGGAGGAGGCCUCUCUCAAGACAAUUGACUUUGGUCUGUCCAUUUUCUUUCGGCCUGGUCAAAUAUUCACUGAUGUUGUCGGUAGCCCUUACUACGUGGCACCAGAGGUCCUCAAGAAGAAAUAUGGUCCCGAGGCAGAUGUUUGGAGUGCCGGUGUAAUCAUUUACAUCUUGCUUUGUGGUGUGCCACCAUUCUGGGCAGAGAACGAGCAGGGUAUAUUUGAAGAGGUUUUACAUGGGAAACUUGAUUUCGAGUCAGAGCCGUGGCCUAGUAUCUCUGAAGGCGCCAAAGAUCUUGUGAGACGAAUGCUUAUUAGGGACCCAAAGAAGAGACUGAUUGCUCAUGAAGUUCUACGGCAUCCAUGGGUCCAGGUUGGUGGCCUGGCUCCUGAUAAGCCGUUGGAUUCUGCUGUUCUGUCCCGUAUGAAACAGUUCUCAGCUAUGAAUAAGCUGAAAAAGAUGGCUCUUAGGGUGAUUGCCGAGAACCUAUCCGAGGAUGAGAUCGCCGGCCUGAAAGAAAUGUUCAAGAUGAUAGACACAGACAACAGCGGGACCAUCACCUUCGAAGAGCUGAAGGUCGGCUUGAAAAAGGUUGGCGCCAAUCUCCAGGAGUCCGAGAUCCAGGCGCUCAUGCAAGCAGCGGACGUGGAUAACAGCGGCUCGAUCGACUACGGCGAGUUCAUCGCGGCGACGCUGCACCUGAACAAGGUGGAGCGGGAGGACCACCUGUUCGCGGCGUUCCAGUACUUCGACAAGGACGGCAGCGGGUACAUCACCGCCGACGAGCUGCAGCUGGCGUGCGAGGAGUUCGGCCUGGGCGACGUGAAGCUCGAGGACAUGAUCGGGGAGGUGGACCAGGACAACGAUGGGCGCAUAGACUACAACGAGUUCGUGGCCAUGAUGCAGAAGCCCACGCUGGGGCUCCCCAAGAAGGCCGGCGGCCUGCAGAACAGCUUCAGCAUCGGCUUCAGGGAGGCAUUGAGGAUACAAUAAUAUAGCAUCGAGGAAUGGAUGUCAUAGCCGGCGGGGAGAGAGUUCUGCUACUGCUUGUAGAUUAUUGGAGCGUCGACUGGGUGUGGGUGAGUACAGUACAGCUGCUGUAGAGAUGGGUGGUCACAACGGCAAGGAGCGGGCAGCCAUGGGCCUGGGCCGGAGCCCUCAGCCCACGUGCCACUGCUGAAUGGGGCUCCGUUGUUUGAUUACGUGAGAAAAAGUACAGAUGGUUUUGUUUU